AUGGUCUUGACCGCUCCAGUUGCAGAGUACCGCACUGUGGGCGGCGUGGCCGGCCCCCUGGUGGUGGUCGAGUCCGUCAAGAAGCCCAAAUUCUCGGAAAUCGUGGAGGUGCGGCUCGGGGACGGCUCCAUCCGCAAGGGCCAGGUCCUGGAGGUGGACGGCACCAGGGCGGUCGUGCAGGUGUUUGAGGGCACGUCUGGCAUUGACAACCGGAAGACCACUCUGGAGUUUACCGGAGACGUGAGAGCGUCGCGGCAGGGCGGGCGCUGCGGGCGCAAAGGGCUGAUCGUGCACGCGUGCGCUUGA